GUUUCACGAGCAAACUGAAGCCGUUUCGUUAAAUUAUAAUGCGCGCUUGUGUUAUUUGUUUACCCUCAAGAAAUGACAGACCAACUCUCUUUGAAAGCGUUGCAAGUCGUACUGGUCGGGGAGCAUUUGAGGAACAGGCUGCACGCUGAAGAAGACCCUGUUAUGAUCAAAGAUAGGCGAUAUCACUUGAGGAUGUACCCUUGUUGUUUUGUUGGUCGCGAUUUGGUUGACUGGUUGAUUCGACAUGGAGAUGCAAGUUCGCGCGGAGGGGCUGUGCAGUGCAUGAACGUUCUUUUAGAUCACGGUAUAAUUCACCACGGUAAGGGAAACGCAAGCGAAGAAAAGAAAAAGUCUUGUGUCUUGGAAAUUGCCAGUUAAGUUACUCUGCGUCUGUGCACAGAUUUUUUUAUUAGCGUUGAUUUGGAUUUAGGGAAGAAACUGGAAAGUAAGAAAUAAAUGCAAAGUAGAUUAUUGCGUCGUUAUCUGCGAUGAUAUUCUUUCUCUCUCUUUCUUUAUGUCGCGGUUCCAAUUUAAAUUCACAUUACUAGCAUUUCAUGUUCAUCUUUCCCGGCUAUAGUGAUAUUAGAAACCAAUGUAAUGUCCAAUAUUCCUAGUUGGCUUGCAAGGUCAAUCGGCCGUUAGAGCACAGCACCGGUAUCACAGAGGUCAGAGUUCAAUUCCUGGCCAACCUACUUUUUCAGGGUUUCUUUUCACAAAUGCAUAAGGCACGUCUUUAACUGGGAUGAUCCUCUUUGCAUUUAUUUCUUCAUUCUGCGGUUUCAGUAUAUUCAUCAUUUGAAACUGAAAAGUAUUGGUUGGGGGCAUGGUUGGUAAGAUGCACUUUAAGAAAUAAUUCAAUGUGUGUUGCUGGGAUCAUGAAAUCCUGGAAACCUUAGCCUUUCCUAGACUAAAUCAUACGACUGAACUAGUACUCCUACCCGACCCUCAGACCUGGCCUGUGAAAAGUGUAGUACUUAUAUUCAAAACCUGUCAUUGCACUAUUUUAAAACCUGGUAUACAAAUCCACACUGGCCAUGACUUCGCACUCAGCCUAUGCCCACAUUAGACACGGUUGAAAUCUUAGUGACAGCCCUGUUUCUAUACCCUACCCUAGAGUAGACUGAUGACUACCCUUCACAAUGCCAAAUUUAAUCAUAUAGCUCACUACCCCACCUUACAAGGAGAAUCCCCAGUGAUUAAGAGUUCUUGGAAUUUUUGUCUUGGCAUAGCUCUUCAAAGCUAGGACUUAGAUAUGUGACAAAUAAUCUUACCGUACCCUUAAACCUGGCUUGUAAAAAGUACAGUACUGAUAUUCAAAAGCUGUCCUUGUACUGUUUUUGAACCUGGUACACUCAGCCUAUGCCCACAUCAGAGCUACAUGUACAACAUUAUUUUGUUAUUUGAUCAAAUGUUUAAAAAAACCAGCGUCCAUUGCAACAGUUAAGGAUGAGCUACAAUAGCUUCCCUGUAGAAGACCUUGAUCCCGCAUGGUCAGGGCCCCAAAAAAGUCCCAUAUGGUAGUCCGGGACAAGUAGGUUUUCUUAUUGGAUGGGUAAGAGUCCAGACAAGUCAUUUUCUGACAAAGUCAUUGACUAAGAUGAGCAAGAAGUGGCCCUGGGCAAGGAAAAUGCAAGAGCUGGAAUCAAAGUUUUUUCAAGCCCUGAUUUUUUGUUGUCUUAAUAUGGCAUAGAUACGUGUAGGUCUUGAUGGUUUGUUUUAUUUAUUGCUAGUGUGCGAUGAUCACCAGUUUAAAGAUGAGAUGUUAUUCUACCGAUUCCGACGGGAUGAUGACACAGUUGUUCUUAACCCUGACCUUGUUGCAGUUUAUCGUGGCUGUGACAUUUAUCACAGGUAAAGAGAUUGACACUCAAACAAACCCUUGCUUCCACUUCCAGCAUGCAAUAGCAGAUACCUUUCCAGUUUUGUUUCAGUUUGCCUUGUAAUAAAAGCACAGAGACAGUGUCUUCUCUCUCAGGCUACCAGUUCCUGGCCGUGAGUCUUAAAAAUUCCCACAUCUUUUGUCCUAGGUGUCCUGUCUCAUAUUUUGUUUGUACAGUAUGCAGGUAACACUGCUUUCUUUUAGUCAUCAUGAUUUAAUAAGUGUUGUAAAAAAGGUCUUUUGUCCCUUUAUGGAACAAUGCAUGGUCAAUACAUAUUAUUAUUCCUUCAAAAUAUUUUGCCAUUUCUGAUUUUCUUAAAGCCUUCAGCUAAUUUUUCAUAACCAACUGGAGCUGACCAUAUUUGGAAGAUACGAGCAAUAUAGCAUCGAUUCGAUGGCAUAUUUGAUUUUUAACGAGGUUGAUCGAUGGUUUAUUUGAUUGGAAAUGAGACUGCAUAGGCAAUAGAGCACCGAUCAACAUCCUUUCCAGGCUCCGGUGACUAGCUGUAUCUUCAUGGGUGAACUGAAACAUAGAGUUCACCGCGAUUCGAAGACAAAUUUCUGAUUAAAGCUGAAUGGAAGCAGGGAGCAAAGAAAGUCAGUUUUGCAGCUUGCCAUUCGCACAAGCUGUAUCUAGCAUGUACUAGCCCAAAAUUCUUUUCAACUAGCCCCCAAAACGUUUUUAAUAAGCAGGAUUGAUUACACAGUUCUUAUGUAAUUUGAAUUUCUCAAAAAACUCCACUUGCCCAUCGGGCAAGUUAAGAACAGAAUUCACUAGCCCAAUAGCAAAAUCCACUAACCCCAGGCUAUCGGACACUACUUUCUUUGCAAGCUGUGAAGAAAUGUAAGAAUAUGCAAGACAUAUUGCUGGAUGAAAGUUAUCUACUUUUUGAGGAGUUUCCACAAGAGAAAACAUCUGUUUAUAUCCUUGUGAAAUCGUGCUAAAUGAAAGAAGUUUAGAAGAAUGUUUACAAGAAGGAAAGCUUGUUAAGAACUUAGAAAUAUUUUGAAUGAAUAACAAAAGAAUAAAAUUAUUGAAUUUCAGAGGAUGUUAUCCACCUCAGCCUUCAGCCUUGGUGGAUAACAUCCUCCUUGAUCUGCAUAAUUCUUCACAUCCUACUCAGUCUCAUAGGCCCAGUUGUUUGAAAGGUGGAUAAAUCUGUCCACUGGAUAAAAGUCUGUCCAGUGGAUAAUGCAAUAAGUUUCCCUAAUACUUAUCCGAUGGAUAGUGAUUUAUGAUCGGUGGAUAGCACUAUCCAACAUUUCAACAACUGGGGCCGUCGCUGUCAGUAUUUUACUAUUUUAUUUGCUCUUUUCUCUGUUGCUGUCGCAGUUUCAACCCAUCUUUGUAUCAUUUGUCACCAUUUCUACUGUCCCAUGUCAUUCAGUUUAAGGCCAUAUCACUUGUUACAAUUUUACCCUAACAGGACCUCAUUACUGGGUUCCUAUCCUGGUAUAUUCCUGAAAAUUACUUAAAAUGUCAAAAGCUUAACAAAAAGUGUCAGUUAAUGACAGGGGGAUGUUCUUUAACAAGCUCAGUCACUCUGCUAAGAUCUCCUACCACUGUGUAUUGACUGCAUGUAGAAUUACUACAAUGGGUAAACAGAGUUGUUAAGAGUUAAAAAGAAAAGAGAAAGGAAAUUUAACAGGGAGUAGUAGACUUUGGGGGCAGGAUGUGUAUUACUGGUUUUUUAGCUGUUGAAAUUGAUUUCCUGUUAUUCUGUUGACAUUUUAAUGAGAAACCCUCUUACAUUUUUCACCCACUUCCUCACUCAUAAUGAAGUGAAUGUCAAUUUCCAUACAGGGCAAAGAAUGAGGACUGCCAUUUAAUCAAGUCACGUCCUUGUCAUGACUUUGUGUACCGAAGUUGUUUCACAGGCGUUGAACUAGUGGACUGGUUGAUACAAAGUGGUGAAGUAACCGAUAGAACUCAAGGAUUAAUACUUGGGAAAGAACUCUUAGAUCAAGCAAUCAUUAAACAUGGUAAGGAAAGUCUAUUAAUAAAUGCAUGGAAGUAGGGGAAUUACCAAAUUUUUCUCAAACGAAGAAAAGGAGGAGGAAGCCUGGCUUAGCAGCAGUGCUAGAAUUGCAAUCUGGUGGCCCCAAUAAUAGUUCAUAAUCCCACACUGACUGCUAUAUCUGGAUUUAUUCUUAGUAGUUUUGAGUUAAACAUCAUCUGCCAUGCUUGUAAAUAGCCAAGUGGAUUACCUCCAGUCAUUUUGGAUUCAUUCCUUCUUGACCUUUAAGGCAAGAGAAUAAUUUGGAUCUUUUAUUUUUAAAUUUUUUAGGGAUAUAACCAAUGCCCUUUUUACAUGUCACUAGUUCUUUCAGAUAAGUUAUUUGCCACUUUAAGGUGAUGUUACAUAACCAAUGCCCUUUUUACAUGUCACUAGUUCUUUCAGAUAAGUUAUUCGCCACUUUAAGGUGAUGUUACAUGAGAUGAUUUGCAAUGAUGAUUUUCAGCAUAAUGCAGCAUAGCAAUGUUGGAACAAUGUUGCAACCAUUCGAAACAAUGUUGCAGCCAUUCGAAACAAUGUUGCAACAAUGCUGUAAUGCUGUGUUGCGCUAAAAAUCUUUGUUGCAAAUUGUCCCAUGUAACAUCACCUUUAGAAACAAGAAGGAAACUGGGCCAAGCUGAUUUUCACAAAGACUUCUGGGAUUGUUACUGGGGACACGCUGGUCAGCUAUUGGCCAAUUUGUUUCCCUCUCCCUAGUAACAGUCAGAAGACUUUGCAAAAGUCUGGGUUUUUUUUUAAAUUUUCUUACAACUCUUUUAGUUACAGAUGAAUUUCACUUUAGAGAUGAAAACAUCUUCUAUCAGUUCAUGAUUGAUAAAGUAGUAACCAGGAAGAUGAUUGACAGUUUGGGUAUUGUGGAUGACAAGGCUCCUGGUUCACCAAGGAACUUUAGACGACGCAAUCUUCCUCCAUUAAAUACACAGCGAUCUAGUCCUGUCCCCUUUUUAAAAGAAAAGCCAGGAAUAACUGAGCCACUUGGUAGGUAGUUUGGCGUACCAGAAUACGUAUCAAUGUGGAAAGGGUGGGUAAUGGCUACAGAUGGUGGGGAUAACAGCAAUGUUAUUACAUAAGAUCUAAUUUAUUGGUUCACCUAUGAGGAAUGAAAUCCUGUUCACUACAUCCAAGGGAGACGUGAAUCCACUUUUCUACCGGCAAAUCUCCUGCUAUUCCAGUAGUGAGGGCAUAUGCAACCCAAUUGGUGGUGGAAUGGCUCCAAAUACCAUACAUAUACGUCAUAUUCAUAGCUGUUACUUACAGAAAUGACAUUGAGGGAAUGGAAAAUUAGCUGUUUUAAAAUCUAGCAAAUGACAGGCAUUUUCAAUGAUCAUUGGCUGCCAUUUAUUCAUGGAUUAAAAGAAACCUUUACCCAGUGUAAUGUAGUGUUGUUGACAUUAGUAAAACUUAGUCACAUUUUAUUAGUGCGCAUGUGCUUAAAAAGUUACAUGCAGGUUAGGUUAUGUAUUACUCAUGUAAUAAUACUUGUGGAUGUGCUUUAACAUUUCAUAUUUCAGUCUCGCGAUAGUAUUAUGGAUAACAGUAUUUUAGUUGUUCGGGCUGUCUGAUUUGAAAGUUGAUUAUCUUUCUAGUUUAGUCAAUCUAACAAAAUAAUUCAUUAAUAAAAAUGAAAUUUUAUUCAUAAUAUUAUCACGUCCUUUUGAAAAGCUAGUUGUUAGAGUAUCUAUUCACAGUCAUGUAAUAUUCAUUACCCUGUGCAAUAACAUAUUAGGCAUUAUAUAAACCUGAAUAAUAUAUGUAAGUUGUCAGACGAGUUCACAAAGAGUGUCAGUGAAAAGGGUCAGCCCUCCCUCCCUUUCUCUGACAUAAUUAGAACUUGGAGUCCUUUGUUGUGUUCCUUGACAGGGAUCUCGUCCCAUAACUUAAUGCUAAUUAAGUCAGAGAAAAGGAUAAUGAAUUAUUUUUGAGAGAGAUGAGCUUUGGCUGCAAGUACAGCCCCUGUUAAUCACUUCUUUGAAGCAAUGACAGCACCUGUAUUUGCAGGGUAGCUGGUCAACCCUUCAAAAUUUUCUAAAUGAAUUAAUUUGUAAUUUUCAUAAAUAGGCCAUUUCCAAGUUGCCUCAAGCCUCUGUUUCAAAGCAAGGCUAAGUGCAAAGGCUUUGAUAUGAAAAUGAUUCUUUUAUUCUUGUGCAAAUAAAACUCAUUUUCACAACAAAGAAUUUGCACUUAGCCUUGUUUUGUAAGUGAGGGUUUUUUUGGAACUCUCAAAUGGCCUAUUAACCCUUUAAGUCUCGAGAGUGACGAAAAUCAAUUCUCUCCUAACAAUAUCAGUACAAAAUCAAAAGAAAAUGUUGUGAGAAUAUAUAAAGUAAUCACUUCAUGGAAAACGCUUUGAUCUUCAAACAAAUUCUCCCAACUAAUGAGGAAAUGUAUGGAGAUCAGUCUUGAGAAUUUGUAUUCGGAUAUUUGGGCUUAAAGAGUUAAGACUGGCUACCCCCAGGAUUGAAGAGGUCAUUUUAAGUAAUGGAUUGCUAUUUCUUGCCUAUUUCUAGAUUACUCACCAGACAGCCCAGAGUAUUUCCCAUCCAGUGGCAGCCCAAGUCAAUCACCCAGACCAGGUUAUUCACAGUGGCCAGCUGGGUCAUUUUACUCAAAACUAUUGUGCUAUGUCAAGGGGGAUGGGGGAGUCAAAAUGUACAUUAUUUUGUUUCCUUAAUUUAUUGUGGUUGACCAGGAAAAUAUAAUAAUUAUAAUGUAUUUCCUCAAACAAGUAUUGUAUGCUUUCUCUAAUAAUUACUGUCCUCCAAGUUAAACUGCCAACCCCCUUGGUCAAAGUUUUAAAUGAAUUUGUCAGUGUUAACAACACUUUGUGAAAAGUCUAAUCAUCUAGCUUAAGUUUUUAAAACACUACUUCACUUAAGUCCUUGCUUACUCUGAAUCCAUUUAGCGUAAAGUUCCAAAAGUAAUGACCCUCAUUACUUUUGGAUUCAGCAGCCUUUUCCUAUCGCUACUUUUGGAGGGUAGCUAAAACAUGUAUCAUACGUGGGCCGUACAAAGUUACGACAAUAAUAUCGCGACAAUAUUAUUGUGAGAACAUCCACACUUUUUAUUUGGAGAAACUUAUUUCAUUUUAAUUGUUGCUUUUUAAAUAAAUAUUCAAAAGGAUUGUUUGAUUACUUUGUGGGUAUUCACAGACAAAAGGAAGACUUUUCGAAGAAAAAAAGAUGUAAUGUACCUUUUGAGUUGCAUAAAGGAAUGCCAAAGAUCAUUAUAAUCGUUAAAAAAUAUAUCUAUAAUUUCUGUUAUUUUUAGCAAGAAGGGAAAUCACUUUUGUAGUCGCUACUUUCGGAGGGUUGCCACUUUCGAAGGGUCGCCACUUUCAGGGGGGUCGUUACUUUGGGAACUUUACGGUAAUGUUGUACAAAAAAUUGUCUCAAACUGGUCAAUAUAAAACUAUGAGUGCAAACAUUACUUUUUUCUCUUCUUCUCCCCUUCUCCUCCCCCUACAUAUUUUUUCCUUUUCCUGUUCUAAUAUGAUUUUUAACCUUGUCAGAGACAAAAAUACCCUGUUUUGGACUUAUUCCAGUCAAAUAACUGUAGUUUAAAUAGGCUACAUCUUAAAAGAAUACAGGCAGUCAGAUACUUUUCUUGAAGCCUUAUAACCACCAUUAGUCUUAAGUCAGUGCAGGUAAUGACUUCAGAAUGCAAAGAAAGUUGUGUCCCAUAGCCCAGGGUUAGUGGAUUUUGCUAUUGGGCUUGUGAAAACUGUUCUUAACUUGCUUGAUGGGCAAGUGAAGUUUUUCAAAAGAAUCCAACAGAUGAACUGUAAUCAAUCCCGUUGAUCUGGAAUUCUUGUUGGGGCGGCCGGGGGCGGGGGGGGCUAGUUAAAUUGACUCUUGGGCUUGUAUAUGCUAGCUACAGCUUGCUCGAAACGCAAGCUGUAAAACUGACUUUCUUUGCACCCUGGACGUUUUUAGCUUUCCUUAUUGCUAGUAGUUAAAAUGCAUUCUCCUAACGUACUGUAAUCUAGCUAUUCAAUCAUUGCUUGUUCAUUGAAAUUGAAUUACUUCAAAAUGAAGGGCAAUUUCUUAACAAAAUAGUUGUUAUUUACAAAUAAAAAAAUAUAAAUUUUGUUCUUUAGCUUUUAAAGUUGACUUGUAAUUUUUUAAAAAUUUUAUUGAAGUUAUUGUCAGAGAAAUUUCUACUGAAGAACUGUUGGAUCCUAAUGGGCCUUAUGUUACCAAAAAUAUCAGGGUAUGUUGGCUGCAACAUAAUUUAAUUAUUGUGAUGUGUAAUAGUAAAUAUAAAUUAUAACUGUUCCUUACUGAAGCCAAUCCUACAAGCGAAAACAUUAUAAUAAUAAUAAUUAUUAUUAUUAUUAUUAUUACUAAACUGUAUUAUUAUUAUUACUGCCCUGACUGUGAGUUUUCAAGUCAAACUCAAACUAUUGAUGAAGCAAGUCCUACACAGCCUUCUCCCUAAUAUUCAGUUCCACCUUUACCCUUCUUUGUUCUCUCAUUCUGUCAAGUUUUAUGUACAAGUCCAUGUAGCUCCCUCAAACUAAAAGUUAAAACAACUUAAUAAGCCACAGAGCAAUAUUGUUUGCCCCUUUAUCUUCUUCAGGUCAAGAGUGAUGCAGUUGGGUUUGGGUUUGUAGUUCGGGGUUCCAGUCCAGUGUACAUACAAACAGUAGAUCCAAAAGGACCCGCAGCAGCUGCUGGGUUAAAGGUAUGAGAGAAAAUUUUUUAGUAUUCACCAUGCCCAUGGCUCCACCUGAAAAGAACCAUCCUUUUAAUCAUCUUGCACAAUGGCCUUCACAACUUUUGGACUCUUUUCAGCUCUUUUGUGCUCUUCAAAGUAGCACACACAGAAACCAACCUUUGUCACAGAAUACUUGUGUAUCUUGCACAAUAGUAUGAUGAAAAAUUUCUUGAAUCCACUUUGCUUGACCAAUGCUUCUUUUUUCAUUAAAAAAAGACCCUGCAGCCACUCGAGCUUCAAAUUGAUAGUCUCAAGUAUUUAAUCUGUCCAGUCAUCAUGUCUAACGGCAGAGAGGAUUUCAUACUCGUCUGACACUGGCCAUACUGGUAUUUAGAUCCGUCCUAGCCCCAAGAACAUCUCUAUUUGCAGCUCUGAGAAUAAGAAAAAGAUGGGCAAAGGUUUUUCCCCUCUUUUAAAUAAAGCAUGUGGUAAAUACCCUUCAAAGAUACUAAUACUAAUACUAAAUGCUAAUCUACUUACUCAUCUCACUGCCCACUCAGAAACAAAGGGCUGUCCAUGGCCUAGAUUCCUCAUGCCCAGAACAAGGUCUUUAAACUGGUGAAGCAAAAAGUAGUAUUCCUGUUUUUAGACAAUAACACCAACAGUAAGUUCUCAAUGCCUUAUUGGUACAAUUAUUCGCCUCUGCACUAACUAUUGACAAGAAUUUAUGUAAAAAUUGUUACUGGUACAUUUAAUUUGUUUUUGAUGUGCAUUUCCUUUUUCCCACAACUUUGAUGUGUGACUAAGAAUGUUUUGCAUUACGAGACAAAUUUGUCAGAUAUUUGUGACACCUGUAGAAAAAGAGUUAAUGGGGAAAUCAUAUGCAGCUUACUGUUAUUAGGGCUUAAUAAUCGGUUAAUGAAGCAGACAACCACACUGUCAUGAGAAUCAAACCUUACUUAAGGGCUAUUAUCAUUUAUGAAAAACUCCUUUUUUUCAGUUCAACAGUUGCUUGAAAGCUAUUAUUCUAAUGUGUCACUCAUUGACCAAUAAUCCUUUUCUCGCCUUUCUCGCCAUGCAGGUCCGAAUGUACUUAAAGUCUGUAAAUGGAAAAGACGUUCUGUACUGGAAUCACAAACAGGUGUCUCAGGAGAUUCUCAGAGGGCAGAAUAUAGUCAAUCUUGAAGUCAUGACACAUUUCAAAGGCAACCAAUGA